AUGGCGUCUGCCAGCUGCUCGGCUUCGAUCGUUCUGCCGCAGGACGGAUCUCCCGCGGAAAGCGGCCUGUUCCUCAUCGACCUGCAAGGCGACGCGCUUGUGACAGACGAGCUGAGUCGAAGGACGCCGUCUCUGAUUUCGCUCCCGCUCUACCGGCCUCGGUUCCACCUUUCCGAUUUCUCGGCGAGUGCGGCCUCCUCGGCGGCUUCUCCCGCCGCCGGCUCUCGCGCGGAGACCAACGGAGACACUGGGAGACGCCGCCCCACAGCCGCAGCCGCCGAGAACGACGGCGAGGCCGCCGACGCUCGUGAAGCUCCCGGUGAGAACCAGGACAAGAUCUUCGACACUUGGGGAUUGGUGGAGUGGGGAGAGGCUUCGGCGAACCGGAAAGACGCGCCUUCGAGUUUCUUUCAGUCGCCCAAGUGUCAACUGCAUGUCGGCUCUCUUGUUCUCCCUGGACGCGUCGACGCAGCGCUCGCUCAGCCCGGGGCGCUUGUCGUGGUUCGGCGGGUGCGGAGACAGAGGCGAGAGGCUCGCCGCUUCGGGAGGCCGCAGACGAACGCCUCUGCGUCUCUCGAGCCUUUUCCGGAAGAAGACUCGGCGGAGAGUGUGUGGGAAAUCCAGGCGAUUGCGAAGGAGAGAGUUACUUUCGACCAGAGACCGACUCUGCACCCGCGGAAGAAGCUGUUUGCGGAUCGACAGGAGAGCGUUCGCGUCUCAGGGAAGGCGCCUGCGCCGCAGAGACAGAGAGCCAAGAGCGGCCAAGGCGCUGCAUCGUCGGCCGACUGCGGCGAGCCAGCGAAGUCGGCCGCUUGGCUUCUCGGAAUCUCUCCACAGUUGGCGGAGCAACGCGAAGGAGACUGGCAGCUGCUCGCUGUCGACGAGAACCUUCUGUCGCGAAUCCUCGCGGGAGAGGCGCUGCGCCUCAAGGGCAUCCCCACUCUCCUCCUCGCAGACGCACACGGAGACACUCGCCCACGGAGACAGGAGACCUUUCUCUGCUGUCGCGAGGCUGUCUACAGUGUCAGUCGCAACGAGAUCGAUGGGCAGAUGCUGAUUGCCUUACGCCCUGAGGAUCCCCGGCGCGGAGACUCCUCGCGAGACCCACAGGGAGGACCAGAGAUGGCCCUGUGUGAACGUACCGAGAAGGAGAGCGAGACAGAACGGGAGGCGGCGAACCUCCUGGGAGUUCCCAUUGUGGGCGUCUGCAAGUCGAUUCUCCUCUUGGAACCCACGGUAGGUCGGACGGCCCAGAUCGCUUCGCUCUUGACUCUGCGGCCGUCGCCGUACACCCUGGGACUUCUCUCGACUCUCGCGAUGCCUCGCAUGCCGCACCACGGUGCUGGCGACAAAGGCACCGAGAGAUUCGUCCUUCCUUCCUCUUUCUUUCUCCAGACCGUCCAGGCGUCCGAGGAAGAUAUCCUCGCGGGUCUCAUGGGGAACCUCUUCUCCCACUCGCCUCUCCACGCCUUUCGGCGGCGCCAGCUCCUCGAACUGCAUGCGGCACAAGCAUGCGCAUGCAGAGAAAGUUCUUCCGCGGCCGCUGCAGAAGAAGUCGAGGGCGCGAAGGAGACGGCGGAGGAGGUGCCUCCCGAGUUCUGGGGCAGCACAGCGUUUUCCUCGUCGUCGAGCUGCAUUUUAUUUUUGCCUGCAUGCGGAGGAUACUGCGCUGUGGACAUGCCGAUCCUCCUAGGUUUUUUUCAGCGUCUUUUGAACUUCUUCGCUUUCCUUGACCUCUCUGCCUCGGAGGACCUCACCGUCAGACAUGUCAUGGAUCUCGUGACUGACAUGGAGGCCAAAGGCUUCGCUCUCUUUCCUUUCACCGCGUCUCCGAAGCCAGCAAAGAACCUUUCUUCUUCUUCUGAUGCUGUGUCGUUUUUUUUCUCGGGGAACGAAGGGGAAGAUGGCCAGGGGCAGCAGGCGCGUCUUCCCCUGGACCCAGGCGUGAUGUUUCAACUUCUCUCGCGAUUCUGCGACCUGAAAAUCCCCGAAGAGUCGCCACGGUUCCCUGCCUACUUCUUUGACGUCUGUCCCCCGCUGAGUCGCGCAUGCGGUGGAGCGAGUCCGCGUUCGCCUGCGGCAGAGCGACGAAGCUCUGCCUCGAUUUCGUCUCCCUCGUCGACGCCUCAGAAGAGCAGCAGAGAUACGUCUUUCUCGGCGCAGAACCAAGAAGAAGUCUUUGACGACGGGGAGAAGGUGAGUGGCUUGAAGGCCUACGAAGCCUUUCUGCGAACUCCCGCGCGCGUGAGCGCGUCCAGAGUGUGCAUCAACUGGUUGAAGCUCCAGAGGCUUCUCGCGCUGGCUGUGUUCCACGAGUCGGGAGUCUGCGCGCGAGUCCAGUGCGGCAUCACCGAACUGGCCUACCUCCCCGUUCACUGGAUGCGUCUCGGAACCUUCACAGCCGCUCUCGCAGAGAAGCUGGCGGCUCUGCCGCUCUUCGUCUGCGCCGAGGCGAAUCGCUGGUUGGACGCCUGCGUCGCGGACUACCGAGGCUUUCUGCGGAGACGCGAGGAGGCGCGCAUGCAUCGCAACAUCCAGCAGGCCCCCCAGAGUGCCUCUGCCUUCGUCCCCCAUGUAGAUUUAGAGGAACUGACAGACUCGCGACUCCGCGAGUUUGUGAAUAGAAUUCCGGUCCUUCGCUACGCGGUCGCGAAGAGAGCGUUGGAGACUGCAGAGGCGUCCACUCUGGCAGACGAGGACGCAACUGCGAGACGGGGAAAAGCGAGUUCGAGGCUCCCGCUCCUCACGAGUCUCGAGCUUCUGCAAGUCAACACCUUCGCGUUUCCCGAGCUCCGAUUGCCUCCGGACUCGCCUGCCUGGGAGGACGACGUCGGCGGCCAGGUGGGGUCGAUUGCCGACUCCGACAAGAAAGGUCUUCAGUCGAGCGGGCUCCGCGCAGGGAUGUCUGGCGCAGCCGCUGGAGGCGGUUGGAAGAAACCACCCUUCGCUUCGUCGUCUUCUGCAGGUAGAUGGCCGUCGAUGAACGGCAACGGCCUGGGGCGAGAGCCGGUCGACGAAGGCGUCGCACGGGGGCUGUCGGUCUACGAGGACGCAUGCAGAGAAGCCAAAAAAAGGAAGGGAGCCAUGGCUUCACACCUCGCCGUCCUCGCAGGACUCGCCUUCUACGGCGAAGGACUUCUGCUGCAUGUGGCGGAAGAGCUCUUGCCUCUGGAGACUCGCGAAAGAUUCGCCGUUUUGUUCAUGUGCAAGUCGCCCUGGUGGGAUACCGAAAUCUCUCCCUUCGUCGCCCCCACGAUGCUUGGAAAGGAUUUGAUGGAGACCGUUGCAGGACCGCCCCGGCGCUACUGCCGAGCGCGUCAGGUGCUGUUGCAUGCAGCGACCGACAGAGAGGCGAAGAAGGACGACGCGGGCGUUGUUUUCUUCCCCCACAAUUUGCCUCUUCCCUUCUGGGAGGUUUGAACAGAAGGCGACCGGGGUGGUUCCCUCGCUGCGAGAGGAGGUUUUUUAACAGCUGCAUUCGGCAAGAAAAAUCGUUGGUGGAGAGGAGAAGCAGUGCCGUCUGUCUCAAGCAGGAGGGGGGGCGGGUGUCGAAUUCGAAGGACAGUUCAGCGGAACACCAAGAUCGAACAAGCAAAUGAAGCUUUGAAAUCUGUCGAGCUCUGCAGAUUUGUCCAUCGUU